CAUCUGUGCUUACUUAUUCCAUCCAAGUCUCGUAUUUUCUUAUUUUUAAUAUUGUUUUAUUUACAAUUUUACAAUCCUGUAAUUAGUGAAUCUUGAAUAAUGCAGUUCUCAUCUUGAAACAACAAAAUAAAUAGAAACAUGUCUGCGGAAUCUGAUAUGGAAUAUUCGGACAACGAUGGUGAUGACUACGAUUACUACGGUGGGCAAGAUGACUGUGACAUGGAAACUAUUGAUAGAAGUAAAUCAGAUCCCGAAUAUUUUUUAUUUUCUUGUCUAAAAGUAGAAGAAGUAGAAAAAUUAUUAAAUGAAUCGAUUGAAUUGCUCAGCAAUAGCCUUCAAAUAACGCCUUCACUUGCCAAGGUGAUGUUGCAUGCUUAUGGAUGGAAUGCUCAAGAAAUCAUAAAUAAGUAUAAGGAAAAUGCAAAUGAGGUAUUGACAUACAGUCGUGUAAAACCUAGACUAUCUCAGGCCCAGGUGAACAACUCACGAACAAACUGUGCUGUUUGUGCAAAUUCUCCACUCAUACACAAGUACAGUGCAUUAGCUUGUGGCCAUUACUUCUGCAAUGAAUGCUGGGCUAUGCAUUUUGAAGUGCAAAUAAUGCAAGGUGUAUCAAAUACUAUACAAUGUAUGGCUCAAGAUUGUGAAGUGAGAGCACCUGAAGACUUUGUAUUGUCACAUGUUACUAAGCCGACUUUAAGAGAACGCUAUCAACAAUUUAUGUUCAAAGACCAUGUAAAGUCCCAUCCACAACUCCGAUUUUGUCCGGGUCCAAACUGUCAGUGGAUAUUCCAAGCUUGGACUCGUGAGGGGGCUCGUCGUGUGGAGUGUCGAGGAUGUGAGCUAAUCACUUGUUUUUCAUGUGGAGCACCUCACCAUGCACCUACAGACUGUUCCACUAUUCGCCGUUGGCUUACUAAAUGUGCUGAUGAUUCUGAAACUGCUAACUACAUAAGUGCUCAUACAAAGGACUGCCCAAAGUGCCAGAUAUGUAUAGAAAAAAAUGGGGGCUGCAAUCAUAUGCAGUGUGGUGCAUGCAGACAUGAUUUCUGUUGGGUUUGUUCAGGUGACUGGAAAACCCAUGGAUCUGAGUAUUAUGAAUGUAGCAGAUACAAGGAGGAUCCAAAUUUAGCUAAUGAUAGUCAGCAUGCCCAGGCAAGAGAAGCUCUUAAGAAAUACUUGCAUUACUAUGAGAGAUGGGAGAACCAUGCAAGGUCAUUAAAAUUAGAAGAGCAAACAUUAGCAAAUCUUAAGAGUCGUAUAAAUCAAAAGGUGAUGGCUGGUGAAGGAACUUGGAUAGACUGGCAAUAUCUGUGGGAUGCAGCAAGACUUUUAAAACGCUGUAGAUAUACUCUUCAGUACACUUAUCCCUAUGCUUAUUAUAUGGAAGUGGGUCCUAGAAAAGAACUGUUUGAGUAUCAGCAGGCUCAACUCGAAGCAGAAAUCGAAAAUUUAUCCUGGAAAGUGGAAAGAGCGGAGACGACAGAUCGUGGCGAUUUAGAAAAUCAGAUGGAUAUUGCAGAAAAAAGACGAACGACUUUACUUAAAGAUUUUCUAGAAUUUAACACAAGUAGCGCCUCCAGUAGUAGUACUAAGGUGUAAAUGAAUUUAAUAAUUGCAUUUCAAUACUUAGUUAAUACACAAUAAGGGUUGCACCUUUGUGAAAUAUGUAUUUGUAAGAGCUAGAUCUUUUGUUCUGCCAAAGUAUAUUUAUUACAUUAUCAUAAAUUUGCA